GAGGUUUGGAGCGUGUUCACGUUGCUGUGUUGAAGGGAAACAGCGGAGCGGGGUCCGGGCGCUGCAGUGGCCGCCCAGCACUCUGCCUUCAGCGAUCAUUCGAUAUUUAACCAUUUUGUUUUUCGAUGUAAUCGUCGAUCGAGCAGCUGUUAAACCCGGUUCCUGUCGGUACGGUUACCAAAACGCCAACAGAGAGGACAGGGAAUGUUUGUGGUUAGCAACUGGUGCGUGUAGUAUGAAUAUCAGGCAGCGCAGUCGGAGCUGCAGCGCCGAUCAAACCGUCGCUGUGACGCCUUUACUCGGUGAUUAUUAGCCGAACUGAUCCUAAAUACGUCGCCGUCAGGAAUCCGUCCUCGAUGGGAAGCGAAGAUUAUCUGCUUGAAUGAUAACAUCGUCUACGGAUUACGGAUUAUUUUUCUCCGAACAUCUGAUGUGAGCGUCGUCUCUAGUCGGUUAAAAACCAGGCGACAUUGUCAGCUAGCCUGUUAGCUUCCUUACCGACUGACUGACUUACUGACUUACCACAAACUUUUUUUUAUACAAGUUUUGUUCUUCACAAACUCAGCCUGUACACGAUCACACGAUCAACAAAAUAAUCGACAAAAUCUCCAUAUUCCUGUAUUUCAUCGGAACAGGAACCGAGUGGAUUUUCUGGCCUAGAAUCCAGAGGAGUCUCGAAAUAUUUACUUCAAGAUUUUUUUUUAGUUUUAUUAUUUUUUAUUACUAUUUGAGCGUUUACCUAUAAAGUUAAAUUCGUUAUAUUUACAGAAAUCGAUCGUGUUUUAAUUUUUACACGCUCCUGGAUAAACAAUAACAUUUAGCAGUCUUGGCUAAUGUUUAAUGCUGUAGUUCCGGUUAUUAGUUAAGUAGCUAAGUAGCAAACGGAACCUUUUAAUAGAAGAAAAAUUAGAAUCCGAGUCAAGUCCUUCGAUUUAAAAGAAGUAAGAGAACUUUAUAAACAGGGCAAACUAACUAACUAUGACUUGACUGGUCCUGAUCUUCAGCCUUGCUGUGUGUGUGUAUAUGUGUGUGUGAAAGCUGAAUGAAAGUUAGCUGAUCUGGCAAACUGGACUUCGGACAGAAAACAACACCGAUGUCACUUUUCGUUGAGUUUUUUACAACCGUGAACUCGUAAACGAUUCGAAGAUUGACAAUGACAACGCGGACUCCGAUGCUAACAGUCAUCGAGCACUCAUCUAGCCAGGUUUAGCUCCGUUUCACGCGGAAGACGUUGAGUUCUCUCCAGCGCUGGAAAGCCGAUCCUAUAUUAACACAAGUCCUUCUUGCAUUAUCGCUCACUCCGACUCUAAGGCCGGCGGUCGCUCCAACAUGCCACACGGCCGCAACUCGCUGGCCACCGCAGCCGACGAGCAGCCACACGUCGGCAAAUACCGGCUGCUGAAGACCAUCGGAAAGGGAAAUUUCGCAAAGGUCAAACUGGCUCGGCAUGUUCUCACUGGCAAAGAGGUGGCUGUCAAAAUCAUAGACAAGACCCAGCUCAACUCCUCCAGUCUCCAGAAGCUCUUUCGGGAAGUGAGGAUCAUGAAACUGCUGAAUCACCCAAAUAUUGUGAAAUUGUUUGAGGUGAUCGAAACCGAGAAGACACUUUACCUGGUUAUGGAGUACGCCAGCGGAGGAGAGGUGUUCGAUUACCUAGUCGCCCAUGGCAGAAUGAAAGAGAAAGAAGCCAGAGCCAAAUUCAGACAGAUCGUGUCAGCAGUGCAGUACUGUCACCAGAAGUGCAUCGUUCACAGAGACCUUAAAGCCGAAAACCUGCUUUUAGAUGCAGAUAUGAACAUAAAGAUCGCUGAUUUUGGCUUCAGUAACGAAUUCACUCUGGGCAACAAGCUGGACACGUUUUGUGGCAGCCCCCCGUACGCCGCUCCAGAGCUGUUCCAGGGAAAAAAGUACGAUGGGCCAGAAGUGGACGUGUGGAGUUUGGGAGUCAUCCUGUACACGUUGGUCAGCGGCUCGCUGCCUUUUGAUGGACAGAACUUGAAGGAGCUGCGCGAACGUGUUUUAAGAGGGAAAUACCGAAUCCCGUUCUACAUGUCCACCGACUGUGAGAACUUGCUGAAGAAAUUUCUUAUUCUCAACCCCACCAAGCGAGGAAGCCUUGAGCAGAUCAUGAAGGACCGGUGGAUGAAUGUGGGUCAUGAGGAGGAGGAGCUUAUGCCUUACAUUGAGCCGCAGCCCGACUACAAGGACCCCAAGAGGACAGGUCAGCACCCCGGCAGUGCAGGGGGUUGGAAGAGAGAUAUCAUGCUUCAAAUGGGAUACGCUCAAGAUGAAAUACAGGACUCCCUUGUCAACCAGAAGUAUGAUGAAAUCAUGGCAACUUACCUGUUACUGGACUAUAGGAAUUCAGAGCUGGAUGAACUCUCAAUAAAGCCCCGCCCAAGCAUCGACCUCACAAACAAUGCCCAAUCACCUUCUCACAAGGUACAACGCAGUACCUCCAACCAGAAGCCGCGCCGAUCCACAGACCAAAGUUUGUCUGUGUCGGUUAAGCGCACUCAGGGUGACAGUAAGCACAUCGCCGAAGACUACGGCAGGAAAAGCUCAGGCAGCUCAGCUAAAGUUCCUCCAAGCCCGCUUACUACAACCGACCGAAAGAAAACCCCGACCCCGUCCACUAACAGCAUCCUUUCAACCGGUACGAGUCGUGGGAGAAGCUCUCCAGGUCCUGAGAGAUCCACUCUGGGUGUACAGAAUGGCAAGGACAGCUUGAGCACACCAGGGUCCCGCGCAUCUACCGCCUCGGCAGCUGCUGUUCUAACUUCCUCUUCUUCCUCCCGCCCCCGCCACCACAAGUCCCUGUCCACCUCGGCCCACCCCAACUCCCCAGACCUCCAUGCACAUCGGCCCAGCACCGUUACACAACGAGUUCCUGUGGUGUCUCCGUCAACUAACAAUAUAAGCAACUCCACGGUAGCAGAUCGCACCAAUUUCCCCAGAGGGGUGACUAGCAGAAGCACUUUCCAUGCAGGCCAACAGAGAGCCUCACGUGACCAGCACACCUCCACCUACAACGGGCCCCCAGCGUCCCCGUCGCUUUCUCACGGGAACAGCCAGGUCCGUCGCACCGGUACUGGAAUCUUCAGCAAAUUCACCUCUAAAUUUGUGCGCAGAAAUCUCUCGUUCCGAUUCCCCAGAAGGAGUCCGUUUGAGGGAGAGGGUCGAGAUGAGGCCAGCAGACCCAUGUUGAGUACUGCAGAAAAGCUGGAGAAAGGCACCCAUGGAUCAACGGGGGAUGAGAACAGGGACUCUGUGUCAUCCUCGUCUCCUGUGUCCAGCACGCCCUCAUCCACCCAGUCCUCCAAGGACAUCAAGCCGCGUUCGCUGCGCUUCACCUGGAGCAUGAAGACCACUUCGUCCAUGGAGCCCAACGAGAUGAUGAAGGAGAUCCGGAAAGUUCUGGACUCCAACAGCUGCAAUUAUGAGCUGCGUGAGCGCUUCAUGCUGCUCUGCAAGUCAGGGAAUCCUUCAUGUGAUGAAUACGUUCAGUGGGAGAUGGAGGUGUGCAAGCUGCCCCGCCUCUCCCUCAACGGCGUUCGUUUCAAACGCAUCUCGGGCACCUCCAUCGCCUUCAAGAACAUCGCCUCCAAGAUUGCCAACGAGCUGAAGCUGUGAGGGUUGAAAAGAUGAUUUGGGGAUGAAGCUAAUACCAAAUUGGGGCAGAUGUGAGAGCUGUAGCCCAGAUGUUCAUUAAGGAGGAGAUGGACAAAGUGGUGCCAUCAGAAUCGGGGACAGUGACGAGUUUAAAGACUGUAAAUGAAGCAGGAUGGUUAGCACAGAUUGGUGGGGGAGGUUGGUGUGUCUGGAUGUCUUGAGGGCCACCUUGAUUUUUUUUUUUUUUUUAACUUUUAUUUUUUUUUUUUUUUGUGGGAGCUGUUUCCUUGGUUUGGGUUUUCUGUCACCACAUCACCCUCAGCCCCCUCAAUCGCCCCCACCUGUACUUUGUUGUCAUCUUUUAUUUGUGUUUCCAGUUUUGUGGUUUUUCCUUGCUCCUCAGUCGUUUUCUGUUUAAACAGUAUAGUGAUGGAGGAAGGACGUUUAUGUAAUUAUUGAACUGAAAAGUGUUUGCUGGUGAUUGUUAUACUGCAAACUUGAACCAGCAACUAUCUCAACAUGCUGUAAUCCCCCCUCCCCAAUCACCCAUGUUACUUGAUAUUCUUACUUCCAGUUCCAGAUUACUGUUUAAGAGCAGAGAGGUAGGUUGGUGGUUUUGACACUGAAUGUACAGCAGCACGCUUAGUGAUGGGUAACUGAGAUGAAGUACUACGCACAUUUAGUAGAGUCAUAGUGGAAUUUGAAUGUUCACUCAUCUUGCUGUGGUUCACAUUCUCAGCCUCCACACUCGCGUGUAUAUCACAGUAACGUGUCUUAUCUGAUCUGAUCGGAAAUGGAAGCGCAGACUUGAACCCUCGGUGCUCUGUAGGUGAAUCACCUCUCUGCACUAUAAGCCCAGACGAUUAGGUUUUUUUCUCUUCCUGCUGCACAGGUUAUAUGUCAAAAACUAAUUAAGGGCCAAUUAAGUAAUUAUUGGUGGAUUGUAGUGUAAUUAAGAGUUGCUGGUUGGUUUCAAUGUGCUGCACUGGAAUGAGUCUGUGUUUUGUUGCCUUUUUUUCUGGAGAAGAUUAUAUUAUGAAAAUAAAAAAAAAAGUUGGAUGA